AUGGGAUGUACUCUGAGCGCAGAGGAGAGAGCCGCCCUGGAGCGGAGCAAGGCGAUUGAGAAAAACCUCAAAGAGGAUGGCAUCAGCGCCGCCAAAGACGUGAAAUUACUCCUGCUGGGGGCUGGAGAAUCGGGAAAAAGCACCAUUGUGAAGCAGAUGAAGAUCAUCCAUGAAGACGGCUUCUCCGGAGAAGACGUGAAGCAGUACAAGCCUGUCGUCUACAGCAACACCAUCCAGUCGCUGGCAGCCAUUGUCCGGGCCAUGGACACUUUGGGCAUCGAGUACGGUGACAAGGAGAGAAAGGCCGACGCCAAGAUGGUGUGCGACGUGGUGAGUCGGAUGGAAGACACCGAGCCCUUCUCUCCAGAACUGCUAUCGGCCAUGAUGCGGCUCUGGGGCGACUCGGGGAUCCAGGAGUGCUUCAACCGGUCUCGGGAGUAUCAGCUCAACGACUCGGCCAAAUACUACCUGGACAGCCUGGAUCGGAUCGGGGCCACCGACUACCAGCCCACUGAGCAGGACAUCCUUCGAACCAGGGUCAAAACCACCGGCAUCGUAGAAACCCACUUCACAUUCAAGAACCUUCACUUCAGGCUGUUCGAUGUCGGGGGACAACGAUCUGAACGCAAGAAGUGGAUCCACUGCUUCGAGGACGUCACGGCCAUCAUCUUCUGUGUCGCGCUCAGCGGCUAUGACCAGGUGCUCCAUGAAGACGAGACCACGAACCGCAUGCACGAGUCUCUCAUGCUCUUCGACUCCAUCUGUAACAACAAGUUCUUCAUAGAUACCUCCAUCAUUCUCUUCCUCAACAAGAAAGAUCUCUUCGGUGAGAAGAUCAAGAAGUCACCUUUGACCAUCUGCUUUCCUGAGUACACAGGCCCCAAUACCUACGAAGAUGCAGCCGCCUACAUCCAAGCACAAUUUGAAAGCAAAAACCGCUCGCCCAACAAAGAAAUUUAUUGUCACAUGACUUGUGCCACAGACACAAAUAAUAUCCAGGUGGUAUUCGACGCCGUCACUGACAUCAUCAUUGCCAACAACCUCCGGGGCUGCGGCUUGUACUGACCUCUUGUCCUGUAUAGCAACCUAUUUGACUGCUUCACGGACUCUCUGCUGUUGACCUUGAUCUCCUGGUAGCAUGACCUUUUGGCCUUUGUAAGACACAGCCUUUCUGUAUCAAGCCCCUGUCUAACCUACGACCCCAGAGUGACUGAUGGCUGUGUAUUUCUGUAGAAUGCUGUAGAAUCCGGUUUUAGUUGAGUCUCUACAUUUAGAAUUUGAAAGGAAAAAAAGAGAACAUUUCUCAUGUGCUUUGUAGCUUAAAAGGAAAUGGAAAACUCACCAUUACAUCCAUAUUUCUUU